UAAUGAUUCCUGAAGAUACAGCUUGUAAUAGAAAGAAUAAUGUCCCUGGAGUGGCUUGUGCAUAUGAUGGAUAAAGAGAGCCAAAUUUACAUAAAAAUGUAAAUUGGGACUUUAAAAGAAAUGAUGUUAAUAUUAAAUAUUGGAUAGAUGUUAUGCGUAAUAAAUAUAAUAGAUAUGUAAAUUAAAUCAUAAUAUAUUAAGACUCCUUAAUCAAGAAGAUUAACAUUAUCAAAAGAAUAAAAACUAUUAAUGUUUAUGAAUGGACAUGGUGGAGAUGGAUAUACAAAAAUGUAGGAUACAACUUAUUUAUUGGAUUUUGAAAUGGAAAAAAUAACUAAAGAAAUGGAAUUUUUAGAAAUUUAUUAAGAAGCAUUUAUGAUAUCUGAUUCAUGUGGGGCAAUCACUUUAUUUGAAACAGUGAAAGCCAAAAAUAUGAUAUUAUUAGGAUCAAGUUCAUUGGGAGAAAAAGCAUAUUCUCAUGGUAGAUGUUCAAUUUUAUCUAUUCCUAAAACAGAUAAAUUUUCAUUAACUACUCAUUAUUGGUUAAAAAAUGAAUUAGAUAAAAAACCAAAUUUAACAUUACUUGAUUAAAUGAAAAAAUAUGAUUAUGCAUAUCAUAAAGCCAAUUCAAAAUUGAUUAUUAAUAUAGAAAAUAAAGAAGCUAAAGAUGUAAAAAUUAAAAUAUAUAAAUUAUUUAGAUUAAAGCAGCUGAUUAUUGGAAACCAAAACAACCAAUUUUAAAUUAGAUUAUUUUAAAAAAUGAUUAAGAUAUUUUGGCUUAAUAUGAGUUUUUAGAGUUAAUGAAAUCAUGA